CCUUCAGGGUCAAGCCAUCUCUUUUUUUAUUCCCAUAUAUUUUAAGCCCGAGUCUUUCUUUUUUUUUCCUUAUUCAUUUAAAUUGUUCCAGAUGUUAUAUUAGUUUAACAUGGAUUUUAAUACAUCUGUCUUCUAUAAGUAGCUUCUUCUAUAGGAACCAAAAACUUGAAGGAAAAAAAUGGCAGAUAUGGCAAAGUACAAGGUGAGAAAUGAAUUGGGUUGUGGUUUUAUGGGUGGGAUUUUCCAGUGCAGAAGCUACUGGCCUAGAAAAUCAUCUGUUCAUUCACUACCUUCCUCAAACACUAGCAAAAAUGAUUUCAAUCUACCAGUCAGUGAUGAUUGUUCUUCAAAGUCUAAUGAAUCAAAGACCCAACCAACCAAACCCACACAGCGUAGUGCUACUGUAAUCUCCUUGAAUUUGGGUAAACCUUCUCCCAAUUUCGACUUGGAACACGCCAGGAAGCCUAGCUUGGGCCAUCCAAGCCCUUCAGCUUGCCACCAAAAGGUUCAACCAAGAAGACAUUCAGAUGCUGCAAGAAGCUCGACUUCUUCAUCCAGUGGAGCAGGGCAGAUCAAGGUGUCACAGCAGCAUGACUUGGCGAAAGAGAUGAAGCUACGAAGGGCGUCCACUGCUGGCUCUGCAGAGCUCAGUAAGAAGAUCAGUGAUCACCAGCAAACCAACGAAAGCAAAGCUGUAGUCCGAGCCACUUCAAGUAGCUUAAUUUUUACAGGACAGGGGAGGAACCUGAGGCAGCCCGGCGUUACCAAUCAGAGAGCAAGCAAUAGUCCCAGUGCCAUUUCAAUCAAAACUCUGGCUUAUCAUCCUAGAAACGUAGAAGACUCGAGUUCCACACCUAACCGAAAACUAGGAAGCAAUGUUGUGAUGGGAAUCAUUGUGAGGAAAAACAGUGAUGAUUUUGGAGGCAUGGCAUUGAAUAAGUUAGACCCUGAGGUGUUGAAGUCCAUGGGGAACGAGGCAUACAAGGAGGACAGAUUUGAAGAGGCCUUGGCUUUGUAUGAUCGUGCAAUUGCGUUGGAUUCAAACAAGGCAGCGUACUAUAGCAACAAGGGAGCAGCCUUGAUUGGUUUAGGCCAUCUCAUUGAGGCGGUUUUCGAGUGUAAAGAAGCAAUCCAGAUUGAACCCUCUUACCACAAAGCUCAUCAUCGGUUGGCAACAACAUAUCUCAGACUGGGAAAAGCAGAGAAAGCAUUGGAUCACUACAAACACUCGGGUCCAUACGCUAAAUCGAAAGACGUUGACCAAUGUCAGGUUCUUCAAAAAUGCCUCAGCAGGUGCACUGAAGCUCAGAAAUUACAAGAGUGGAAUGUUUUGCUCAAUGAAACCCAACUAGCAAUUUCCUCAGGUGCCAAUUCAGCUCCACAGGUGUUUGCUCUACAAGCUGAGGCCUUGCUGAAGCUUCAAAGACAACAAGAGGCCUAUGCCACCUACCAAAAACGACCCAGUUUUGGCAUUGAUAUUUGCACCAAAUUUUUUGGCAUGGCUAGUAGUGCCUAUCUGUUAAUGAUUGGAGCUCAGGUUUACUUGGCUGCUGGCAGGUUUGAGGACGCGGUAGGUACAGCUACAAAUGCAGCAUGGCUCAAUCCAGGUGACAAGAACGUCGGUAUGGUGGUGAAGAGGGCUAGAGCUGUUGCGUCAGCCCGAGUGAGUGGUAACCUUCUCUUCAAGGCAUCAAAGUUUUCGGAAGCGUGUGUAGUAUAUGGCCAAGGACUACAGCACGAUCCACACAAUUCGGUUUUACGAUGCAAUAGAGCAGCUUGUCGUUCUAAGCUUGGGCAAUUUGAAAAGGCCAUCGAAGAUUGCAAUGCAGCACUCGAUCUGCAGCCUUCUUAUAGCAAGGCCAGGCUGCGCCGCGCUGAUUGCAACGCCAAGUUGGAGAGGUGGGGAGCUUCAAUUCCAGAUUAUGAGAUGCUGAUAAGGGAAACUCCUGGAGAUGAGGAAGUUGGAAAGGCUUUGUUUGAAGCCAAAAUCCAGCUCAAAAGACAACAUGGCGAAGAUAUUGAAGACGCGAAAUUCGGAUCAAACUUGGUUCUUGUUUCCAGCAAUGAGCGUUUCAGAUACUUUGUGACAUCCCCAGGGAUGUCUGUCGUGCUGUUUUGUAACAAAAGUAAACAAAUGAAAGUGUUACAAGCCCUGCACCAAGUCUCCAAAAGAUUCCCAUCUGUUAAUUUUCUCAAGGUGGAGGUGGAAGACCAUCCCUACAUGGCCAAAAUGGAGGAUGUGAGCACAAUCCCAGCAUUCAAGAUAUACAAAAAUGGAUCAAGGGUCAAAGAAAUUCCAGGCAAAAACCAUGAACAAUUAGAAAGCUCAGUCAAAUUGUACAGCAGUUGAUCAGGAUAGUUAAAUUAAACAGAAGAUAAACAAAAAUUACACUUAAUAUAUGGUGACUGGCAGCAGAAACUUCACAUCUUCCAAAAGAAGCCCACAUGACAAACUCAAUCCUUUGCGUGCAGUACACAUAAAAAAAAGGAUGGUAAUCAUAGAUUAAAUUUAAGGAAUAUGGAAAUUUGAGUGGACUUGAAUAUUUAUACCUUCGUGAUUCCUUUAUUUUUUUUCUUUUUGUUUU